CGGAACCGCGACAGCAACGAACCCCUAAGCCCAGCCCAGCUCAUGCCCAGCUCAAUCCUUCGGCCCAACAACGAACUCCCCAGUCCCAUACAGACUUCCCACAGUUACGCCUCUCUUCUCGGCAACCAUGCCCAUCAGCUGCUGUCCCACAUCCUUGAUCUGGUUAUACUCCCGCAACAGCUUGACGUGCUUCGCGACCACCGCUGAGGCCUCCUCAAAUUCUCUUCACGCGGAGAUGAAGGUCAGCAAAGUGAUUCAUUGUAUUUUUAUUGCAUUGAAAAGCAGUUUUACCGAGAAAACAGAGAUGGAACUAUUCGUGGUAGCUUACCUGUUCUUUUUCUCAUCAUUUAUUAUCAUUUUCGAUACCGAUUUUGUUUCGUCGCCCAUCUUUUGUGUCGUUUUCGCCUGUAUAUAUCCAGACAUGCCUUUAUGGGCCUCCUUUAAAUACCCUGAGCUGAGAAACACAGAGUCUUUUGUUUAAGUGUCUGGUUCACUGUUGUAUGAUGACCAAACGGCACUUAUUGAUCAACUUAAACCCCGUCUUGAUGUUGACAUGAAGUCGAAAGCACGGACCACAUACAAACACU